GUUCAGCAAGGAAUGGUUCACAGGAGAGUCUUUAUCUACUCUUUCCACAGACUGUGUGUGCAUAAUUGCAGGUGCAAUUUCAGGUGUCAGCUUUGAUUCAUAAAGCCACACAUGGUUUGAUUCAUAAAGCCACAGAGGAACGUCUGACAGACUGCUUCUCUUCCUAUUUGUAAGAAAGGUGUGACACUGGGUGUUGAUUCAUCUCUUCAGUCACUUGGAUUACUGGAUGAGUGAAUAGUCACCAGUCUUGAAAGGAGCAGACGGAGACACUGACUCGACGUGGAAAUCCAAACACCUCUCUGUGAAGUGUUUUCAGAGUUCAUCCCCUGCUGAAAGUCUCCUCAAGGCAAUAAUCAGAAUCCAGAGGAAAAGGUUGCAAUCUACAGGAAGCUGAUCCAGCUUGGUUUUCACUGCCCACCACAGUAAGAAUUCCCUCUCACCUGAUGAGCUAAAGACACGACCCUAAGGACUGCCAGACUGAGCACUGCCGACUGCCUGGUGGCAGUGACUGACCCCAAACAGAAGAGUGGCUCUCCUGGCAGCACUGUGCCUGGCUCAGAAGGAUGGACAUCAAGGACAGGAGGCACCGCUCGCUGACGCGGGGCCGCUGCGGGAAGCAGUGCCGCUACACCAGCUCCUCGCUGGACAGCGAGGACUGCAGGGUGCCCACCCAGAAGUCCUACAGCUCCAGUGAGACCCUCAAGGCCUAUGACCACGACAGCAGGAUGCACUACGGCAAUCGGGUGUCUGACCUGGUGCACAGGGAGUCGGAUGAGUUUCCAAGACAAGGAACAAACUUCACCCUUGCAGAGCUGGGGAUCUGCGAGCCGUCUCCGCACCGGAGUGGGUACUGCUCGGACAUAGGGAUCCUGCACCAGGGCUAUUCCCUGAGCACGGGCUCCGACAACGACUCGGACACGGAGGGAGGGAUGUCCCCGGAGCACGCCAUCAGGCUCUGGGGCAGAGGCAUCAAAUCCAGGAGGAGCUCCGGCCUGUCCAGCCGCGAGAACUCGGCGCUCACGCUCACCGACUCCGACAACGACAAGUCAGACGAGGAGAAUGGUAGGGAUUUACUUCAGUGUAUUCCUAAUUGCUAUUCCUAACCUACUUAAAAAUGCUCCACUCUGCUUUCCAAGGUGAAGUUUGCACUUUCUCAGUUUCACUAAAGCUGGUUUUCAACUUGUUUUGUGUGGCAUUCACAUUCUCUGA